AUGCACAUACUUCGGCCUGUGGCCUGCGAAAACCUUUCAUCAUUCGGCCGAGGCAACAUCGGGAACGUGUUGAGACAGCAUUCGUUCCAUAGUCAACGUCGCAAGCAGUUCACUGCCGCCUGGACCGAGCAUCGGAACUUACCUAUGACUCAGGCGGUCGCUCUUCCAAGGACAGAGUACGUCGGCGUACCGGAUCGGGGUGGUGGCCUAUCUUUCUCAAUUGAAAUCGGAAGCACAUGGCCUGCCGAUGGCCGUUCGUUCCACCGUCCGACCAUUUUCGUUUGGAAAGAAUGUCCACUUCGGGCGGCGUUGGGGUCGAACGGCGGACUCGCUCUUCCCUAG